AUGUCGCUGGCGGAGUUAUGGGAACACUCGGAGUUGCAACUGACAGCAUUGCCUGCUCCACACCAGCUGGUAGAGCUCCUCCAGAAGCCAUUGCCGUUCAAGCUAAUGCUGCGCGAUCCGGUGGCUGCCGGUGGUGUCUUCAUUCCGGAUGGUCCACUCCUUACAUGCCCGGAUCUUGCGCUGAUGAUGGACAAUAUUCUGUAUAUGUGUAUCUCUCCACCUGAAGGAAAAGCGUCGGAGAACUCAUGGCGAGAGUACUAUAAUGCAUUGCUUCGGAUUUCAAACUCUCUGUGCCGCGACAGGGGCUUCAGAUUUCGAGGAUUCAGAAAUCUCGCAGAUAAAACAGAAACUACUAUUCUACGAAAGCGACCGGACUAUAUCUUCCUGUACAAGGGACUCGUCUUGAUGCGUGGAGAAGAAUAA